UCUUCAGACACGUUUGGUUGGCGGAAGUGGACCGUAUGAAGGCAGAGUUGAAGUGUAUUACCAAGGUGCUUGGGGUACUGUGUGUGAUGAUAGCUGGGAUCUGAAUGAUGCCCAGGUAGUUUGCCGAUCAGUUGGAUACACCCAUGCUACUGCAUCUCACCAAAGCGCCCACUUUGGUCAAGGCACAGGGAACAUUGUUUUGGAUAAUGUAGGAUGUGCAGGUUCAAUGUCAAACCUAGCGUAUUGUCAACACAGUGGUUACCUUUCCCACAACUGCGGACACGGCGAAGAUGCAGGAGUCACCUGUAGUAGCAAUUCAGCACCUUUGAUGACCCGUUUGGUUGGUGGGCGUGGACCUAAUGAAGGCAGAGUUGAAGUGUACUACCAAGGUUCUUGGGGUACUGUGUGUGAUGAUCUCUGGUAUCUCGACGACGCCCAUGUAGUGUGUCGUAGUCUUGGGUAUAUGCAAGCCUCUGCUUAUCACUACCAGGCACACUUUGGCCAAGGCUCAGGGAACAUCGUUCUGGAUAAUGUCGGAUGCAAAGGAUUUGAGUCAAACCUAGCAUUUUGUCAGCAUUAUGGUUACCUAGCUCAUAAUUGCGGGCAUAUUGAAGAUGCAGGAGCCACAUGUGACGGUAUAGAGCUGGAGACUCGUUUAGCUAAUGGUAGAGGGCCAUUUGAAGGAAGAGUUGAAGUAUUCUAUCAAGGUUCAUGGGGCACAAUAUGUGACGACAACUGGGAUUUAGUUGAUGCCCAUGUAGUUUGCCAUACUUUGGGAUACCCUCGAGCUUUGAGCUAUCACCGAAGCGCAUACUUCGGCGAAGGGACGGGUGAUAUUAUCCUGGAUGACAUUGAUUGCUCAGGAACUGAGUCAAAUAUCGCAGUUUGUCAACACAACGGAUUUUUCAAUAGCAGUUGUGAACAUUCCAAAGAUGCUGGGGUCACAUGUUCUGUUACAGAUCGUGUACGUCUUGUCGACGGGGGUUUUCCAAACGAAGGUCGAGUCGAGGUUAACUACCAAGGGUCAUGGGGUACUAUCUGUGACGAUUUUUGGGAUAUUAACGAUGCUUCCAUUAUCUGUCGUAUGCUUGGGUAUCCUGGCCCUUCAUCCAUAUUGGAGCGCUUUGGCCAGGGAACUGGCAAUAUCGCUCUAGACGACGUUAGAUGUGACGGAACAGAGAUGAGUAUUUUACAAUGUGGUCAUAACGGAUUUGGGGUUCAUAACUGCAACCACAGCAAGGACGUUGGCCUAAGAUGUAAUGGAGAAGCUGAACUGUCUCUUCGUCUAAACGGUGGCAGGCGUGAGAAUGAAGGUCGUGUUGAAUUACUCUAUAUGGGAGAAUGGAGUAAUGUAUGUCAAUACGGCUGGACCACCACUGAUUCCGACGUGGUCUGCAGGAGUCUCGGCUUUCUUAGGGCAAACGAAACAUCACUGUCUUUUGGUGGCGGACCAGGAAACGUGGUAUUGCGGAAGCCGGAGUGCUCUGGGAAGGAAUCUAGUCUUCUCCAGUGUCAAGGAUUUCGUUUCGACUAUUCAUACUGCGGACAUACCGAGGCACUUGGGAUUUCAUGUUUAAAUCAGGAUGAGAUCCAGGUUCGUUUGGUUGGCGGAGACUCCGACGAGAAAGGCCGAGUCGAAGCAAACUUCAACGGUACUUGGGGGACAGUAUGCGACGACAAUUGGGACCUUGACGAUGCAAACGUGGUUUGUAGAAUGCUUGGAUUUGAACGGGCGGACAGCUACACCUGUUGCGCUGGCUACGGAGAAGGAUCCGGCCCUAUUUUCUUAAACGAAGUAGAGUGUGAUGGCACGGAAUCCAAUAUAGGAAAUUGCUCCAGAAGUGACUACAAAGUCAACGACUGUGAUCAUUCAGAAGAUGUCGGCGUCUCAUGCAUUGAAUAUGGUAGUAGUAGGGCAUUUUCGAAAUCGCUACGCAGAUGCUUUAUAUAACGCAGGGAAUCUUUUGUCAAAAGCCCUUUAAUGACAAAAGAGCCUAUUGUCGGAAAUCAUUAAAUAAAAACAGCAAGUGUUGUACUGGAUCCUGAACAGACGACAUAUAUAUUUGCAAUUUGUCGUCCGGUCCGUAUUUUCGGACCAUCUGCUGUCCCAGUUCAACUUUCGACAACAAACUUUCAG